UUGAGCCAGACUUCAGGUACUUUUGCACAGCGGGAUUACAAACGACAGAACUCUUCCGGGAAGUCCAAGAGAGGCAAAUCUUGUUUCUUGGCCGAAAAAUGCUAUAAAAUUCACUGACAAAGAACCACUUCAUAUCAUGAUGUUUGAUUGAUUUAUUAUCGUGCAAGAAUCCUGUAUCGAAUCUGCAUCGUAUGUGAACGAGGAACAGUAUUCAGUGCAAUAAGAUUUCGUCACGACUGGACUCGGACGAAGGAAGCCCAAUUUGAUAUACUUUGGAGAGACGACAUGAAAUGGUCGAAGGCAUGUUCUAUCGGUGAAUCAAAACUACAAGCUGGUGAGACUAGAGAUGCAAUAAGAUACUUUAAAAAGGCCCUGGCGAUUGCACAAAGGAAUGGGUCUAAACAGGAAGAAGCUGUCACACUUGAACGACUUGGUUAUGUUUACUUUUCCAUAGAAAAUUAUCACGAAUCUGUUGAAUACUAUGAGAAGGGACUGGAAAUAGUACAAGAGACUGGUGACAAGAAACUAGAGUGUGUGAUGUGUUAUAACAUUGGCAUUGCGUACGAUAAACUGGGAGAUUAUGAAAAGCUUAUGGAGAAUUCAAAACAAGGCUUCAAUGUUGCGUUAAGAAUCGGUGACUCUAGACUCACUGCAGAUUCUUAUGAAGGUCUUGGUCGUGCUUACCUUUCCCUGUGUGACUAUCAAAAUAGUAUAAAGUGCCAUAAAAAAGCUAUUGAUAUGUACAAACAACUGAAUGAUGAAGAAGGAUUAGGGCGUUGUUAUGGAAACAUGUCAUUAUCCUAUAAGAAGCAAGGAAAGUACCAUGAUGCAAUUCGUCUAUUAGAGGAGAGUCUCAGGAUAAGUGUUAAAAUUGGAAGCAAAGAAAAGCAAGCGAGUGACUUACUUAAUUUGGGAACAAUAAACGCAGUGUUGAAUGAUUAUGAUAAGGCCAUCAAGAUGUUCCAGAAAAGUCUUGCUAUCAGUAUAGAGAUCGGUAAUAAACGUCUUCAAACAAGAUGCUAUGUUAACCAGGGAAAUGUUUUGUUUGAUUAUUGUAAAAAAUAUUCAGAAGCCAUUGUGUAUUAUCAGAAAUGCUUAGACAUUUCAAAAGAAAUCGAUGAUAAACAAUUACAAUCAAUCGCCUUAGAAAACAUUGGCAACUGCUUAAAGGAAUCGGAUCGAAACGCCUCUUCGGAAGAGGCGAAUGAAAGAUACGACAAUAGUCUUGCUAUUGCUAAAGAACUAAAUGACAAAGAUCGUGAGGCAAGUAUUUAUCAUGCUAUGGCUAUGAACAAUAUUAGCAGCAAUCAAUUUCAAACUGCAUUACCUUUAUUAGAGAAAUGCCUUGACAUCGCUUCGACUAUUGGCAAUAAAGAACUUGAGGGUGGAGCAUGCUAUAGAUUUGGUCAAAUAUACUAUUCAUUACACAAAGAGAAACAAGGACAUCAAGCAUGUCAUAAAAAUAAGGAUAAUAAUAUAGCUAAAUCAGAGGAAUACUUGAGGAAGGCUCUUGAUUGUUUUGACUUUUUAUUUCAACAUCUCCAUCAACGUGAUCAUUUAAAGGUCUCCAUUUUUGAUGAUUUCAUUAAAGUUUACAAGCUACUCACAACCGUGCUAAUCGAGACAAAGCAACUACAAGAGGCUCUAUUAGUAUCUGAUAGUGGGCGAGCACGUGCCUUAGGAGAUCGUUUGAUGUUUAAAUAUGGCAUGAUUCAGCAAGAAAUGUCAUUACCUAAGCCACUAACCUAUCCUGAUGUGGAGGCUGUCUUCUUUAAAGAUGUCUUCUCGAUACUGCAUUACAGCUUACUAAGCGACAGUUUGGCUGUGUGGGUUUUAGCUAAAGACUCACUGAUGUUGAAAGAAACUCAAAAGGAACAAUUUAAUUCUGCAAUAGAAACAUUGACUGAAGAAAAGAAAGAUGGUGAUGAAAACUCCAUUAAACGUUUCUUUACUGACACUAUUACAAGAGCAUAUGAAAUGAUGAGAAUCCAAGAAAGCGUCACUUGUGAAAACAGAUCACUUGAUGAUUGCUUUACAUCGAAAGAUCACGUCACUACAAAAGCUUCUGAAUCUCUGUCACGUGAUGAUGGUACCAGUGAAGAGACCCUCGAUAAAGCAUCACACCCACUUGAAACGUUGUACAAUUGUUUAGUUGCACCUGUCCUAUCAGAAGUACAAAACGACGAGAUUGUCAUAGUACCCGAUGGACCAAUGUAUAGAGUACCGUUUGCUGCCCUCAGGGAUCCCAAUACAGGACAGUAUCUGUCAGACACCAAACGCAUUCGUCUUGCUCCAUCAAUUGCAGUAUUAAAGACCCUAAAUGAAUGUCCAGUGGAUCAUCAUAGCCAAAAAGGAGCGUUGAUUGUAGGAGAUCCCAGUGUUGGAGAGGUGAUGUUCAGAGGAAAUAAACGAAUGUUUGAACGUUUGCCUUCAGCAAAUAGGGAAGUCAGCUUUCUUUCAGUUAUGCUUAGACAGUCGACCACACUGACUGCCGAACAAGCUACCAAAGAUGCGAUUUUAGAAAAACUGAAAGAAGGCUCAGCUGUAAUUCACAUUGCUGCACACGGSAGCUSUGACAAUGGURAAAUAGCGCUGGCACCAACUGUCUYGYCAGAAAGACAAGGWAUCCCAGAAGAAGAUGACUACCUGUUGACGAUGARRGAAGUCCAACAAAUAGGAAUCAAAGCUCAACUUGUUGUSCUAAGCUGUUGYUACAGUGGCCGUGGKRAGAUYAGGGCUGAGGGUAUGGUUGGACUAAGUCGUGCUUUCCUUGCGGCCGGAGCUCGUUCUGUCGUAGCUUCAUUGUGGGCAAUCGACGACUGUGUAACGUUUAGCUUCAUGGUGAGUUUUUACGGUUAUUUGACUCGAGGUGAAAGUGCGAGUGUAAGYCUUCAUAAAGCCAUGYAUGAYAUUAGAAAAGAAGGCCACAGGGAUCCCAUGUACUGGGCUCCAUUCUUCUURAUCGGUGAUGACGUCAUCCUGAAUUUGAGGUAAAAGGUGUCUUACUUUUCAUGACUCUUUAUGCAUGUAAUGAUAGGAAAGUGUUAAACACACGAUUUAACAUGAUCUUUAUAGUAUUAUUUCCAGCAACAAGUAUAAUCAUUCUAGCAACUAUUGAUGUCGAUUUUAACAUCACACUUU